CUUCCUAGUCACAUUCCCAGACCCCACUGUCAGUCCCUCCCCACAGCCAGUGACCUUCUGGCUCCAGCCUCACUCCUUUCCUCUGUAAAAUGACAUCACCCAGGGCUCCCUCCUGCCCCUGUGAAUGUGAGGCAAGAAGAAUCCGUCUCAUUCUGUUGUUGAUUGAAUAUCUCUGUAUAAUCCCCUCAAAUUCCCCUCCUUUCUCUUGAACUGUUGAAUGGUGACACAAAAUCUCCCCAGAUGUUGGUGCUUCUUUCUUACAUUGGCAAGUAUUUAGUUUGUGCCCCAUUUUCUCCUCAGUUCUGAAAUACUGAUAUCAAAUUCUUGAAAAUCUUCCCGCUUUUCUCCCCAGGUGUCUGACUGAGAUCAGAGCUCAUAUCAUACGGAGCAUGGCUCAGGCCUUGCCUGAGAUCAGGUCCCCCAGUGUGCCGGGCACUGCACAAACCCUGACCAAGUGUGGGGCACUGGUUGUGCCAGGAAUUGCACAGACCCCUACAGAGAGCAGGGACCUUGUUGUUCCUGGAGCUGCAGAGACCCCAGCUGAGAUCUGGGCCCUGUUCUGCCAGGUGCUGCAGAGACCCCAACAGAGGUCGGACCCCACUGUUGUGACAGGUGCCGUGGAGACCCCAAGUGAGAUGUAUGCCCGUGUUGUGCUGGGCACUGCAGAGACCCCAUCUGACAUCAGGCCCCCCAUUGUGCCAGGCUACAGAUUGUCCACAUUUUGCCUCAAAUCAUCCCAUCCUCCCAGGGGGAAGGAAAUGGCUGCAAUGGAGCUGGCUCAGGGGCCGGUGACCUUCGAGGAGGUGGCUGUGUAUUUCACCAGGGGAGAGGGGGCUCUGCUAGACCCCACUCAGAGAGCCCUCUACAGGGACGUCAUGCAGGAGAACUAUGAGAUGGUGGUCUUGCUGGGGUUUCCAAUUUGCAAACCUGAUGUGAUCUUGCAGCUGGAACAAGGGGAGGAGCCAUGGGUCCCGGACCUCCAUGGCUCUGAGAAAGAAGUGUCCCCGAGAGCUGCCUGCACAGGCAGUGACCUAUGUCUGGAUUCUCUCUGUUUCCUAUCACAUGAUAGGAUGGUGAGUGAGAAUGAGGAGGAGAAACCCCAUCAGGAAGAUGCGGAGCAAGUAGAACCACAUGGAACAUUUUCAGGAAGAUCCAAAGGGAAUGUUUCCAGGAGUUGUGCGCUUCCAGAAAAAGAAGCCUAUGAGACUCAAGAGUGGCUAGAGGAAAACUUCAGUAGCCUCUCAGACCUUAUCACAAGUGAGAGAAUCAACUUGGAAGACACACGCUACAGAUGCCACGAGUGUGGGAACAGCUUCAGUCAGACCUCAGACCUUAUCACAGAUCAGACAAUCCACAGAGGGAAAAUGCCCUACACAUGCUCUGAGUGUGGGAAAAGCUUCAAUCAGAGCUCAAACCUUAUCACACAUCGGAGAAUCCGCACAGGAGAGAAGCCCUACACAUGCUCCGAGUGCGGGAACAGCUUCAGUGGGCAACCAGACCUGAUCACACAUCAGAAAAUCCACACAGAUGAGACACUGUACACAUGCUCUGUGUGUGGGAAAGGCUUCAAUCAGCACUCAAACCUUAUCAGACAUGGGAGAAUCCACACUCGAGAGAUGCCCUACACAUGCUCUGUUUGUGGGAAAAGCUUUAAUCAGAGCUCUAACCUUGUCAGACAUUGGAGAAUCCACACAAGAGAGACGCCCUACACAUGCUCUGAGUGCGGGAAAAGCUUUACUCGGCACUCACAGCUUAUCACACAUCAGACAAUCCACACAGGAGAGAAACCCUACACAUGCUCUGAGUGUGGGAAAAACUUCAAUUGGCACUCAAAGCUUAUCAUACAUCAGAGAAUCCAUACAGGAGAAAAGCCCUACACAUGCUCUGAGUGUGGGAAAAGCUUCAGUGAGAGCUCAGGCCUUAUCACACAUCAGAGAAUCCACACAGGAGAGAUGCCCUACACAUGCGCUGAGUGUGGGAAAAAGUUUAAUUGGCGCACAAAGCUUAUCAAACAUCAGAGAAUCCACACAGGAGAGAAGCCCUACACAUGUGCCAAGUGUGGUAAAAACUUCAAUCAGCGCUCAAACCUUAUCAGACAUGAGAGAAUCCAUACAAGAGAGACAUGCUACACAUGCUCUGAGUGUGGGAAAAACUUCAGUUGGCACUCACACCUUAUCAAACAUCAGAGAAUCCACACAGGAGAGAUGCCUCACACAUGCUCUGCGUGCGGGAAAAGCUUUAGUCGGCGCUCACACCUUAUCACACAUCAUAGAAUCCACACAGGAGAGAAGCCCUACACAUGCUCCAAGUGUGGUAAAAACUUCAAUCACCACUCACACCUUAUCACACAUCAGAGAAUCCACACAGGAGAGAAACCCUACACAUGUUACAAGUGUGGGAAAAGCUUCAGUGAUAGCUCAAGCUUUAAUAGACAUCAGAAAAUCCACAUCAGAGAGAAUUGUAAUAAAUCCCUUGACUAGGGCUGGCCAAAUAUUUUUGGUUUUUAAUCACAUUUGAUAAUUGCACAAAGUGAUUUUUGCAUCAUCUUCACCGUGAUGCCUCAGCGCCACCAGAUCAGUUGCCUGCUUUUGCCUUUUGCUGUUCACCCUUCUUUGGGGUCAGUCCUGUGAUCUUUUCUAUCAACUUCUUUCCUUUUGAGUCAUAGGAGUGUGUGUCCCUCCUGCCAGGAAUGUUCUUCACCUCCAGGUGGGAGAGAGGUUUGAUCCCAGCAAGCUACACUGAGGCAAAAACUACCUGUGCCUUACAUCCACUAGGACUGUACAUGGCAUUGGCUGCUCAAGGUAGUGAUUUUGGGGUAAAAAGACAAUUAUAGUUAUAGAGCAGAUGCAGCCCAGGUGCAGUGGUUGUCAUUAGCUUUCCCCUUGACCUCACCUAAACUCCAUCACUUUUCCUAGUCCUAAACAAACCCUGAGCAUCACGGUUAUACUCUUUCCCCAUUUCAAAGCAAUUGUUAGUCAUCAAGUUCCUUCUUGGGGAAGAAAUUGUUUCAUUCCCAGUAGCUCUGAUAUGUUGCUUCAAGUUGUGCUGUAGAGCAGAUAUUUUUACUACCAUUUUCCUCAUUUAAAAUAUAUUGAACUAUAACAAAGAGCAGGAACAGGGCAGGUUUAGGGAAAAAUGUCAUUGCACCUGCAGUAACAGCAGAAGUGUUUAGGGUAAAUCAGAGGCAUUCCCUUAUUCCCCAUCACCAUCCCAAUCCCCCCAGUUGUUCAAUUGGUUAGGUCAGUAUUUUUUCUAAAGUUCUGGGAAGAGGAUUCCCUGAUAAAUGACUGGUAACUAAGCAAAAUACCCAUGCAUUGGUCUCCCACAGCAGUUGUGGCCCAGGCCCUGCAAGAGGUCGCUCCUGAAGAUAUCUCCUUCCUAGUCAGGUGCAUGUUGCCUAUUGUGUGGGAAAUGCAAUCCCUUUCUAGGUAGCAAUGGGGGAAAAAUGGAAGUGACAUUUCUGUUCAGCUCAUCCCUGGGAGAUGAUGCAAAUGUGUAGAAAAUGAAAUCCAUAUUGAAUGUGAUAUAGCUGCAAAAAGAUACCUAUUUUUAAUAGAGACCUGAUGUUUGGUGUCUUACAGGGAUUCUAAGCCGCACCUGAAUUUAGUCCCUAACUUAAAUCUGUGCCAUUAGAUUAAAGAAAUAAAAGGGCACAGUUGGAGGAGUUGUACCUCACUAUCGCUACUGAUAUGUUGUACGCUUGGUGAAGAAUUCUGCGCAGAGAAGUGUAAAAUUACUCCAAGUAAGGUGAAAGAUUGAACAAGAACUCGGGUAGAAAUUUGCAGGUAGUGGUGGUUGAUUUUCACCCCAGAGAUGGAAGCUAUGGUGACCUGUGGCCCAGGUAAACUCUCUUUAGAACCAUGCUCCCUAGUUAAGUGGCAUUGGUCACACUCCUGAAGGAUGCCAUUAUUAAAUGGGGCACAACUGUCUUUUACCAUUUGUAUCCAAAGUUUCAUGAAGUACAGAGAGAAUAAUAGAAGAUUAGGGCUGGAAGAGACCUCAGGAGGUAUCUUGUCCAGUCCCCUGCUCAAAGCAGGACCAACACCAACUAAAUCAUCCCAGCCAUGGGCUGUGUAAUGCUGGGCCUUAAAAACCUCUCAGGAUCGAGAUUCCACCACCUUCCUAGGGAACCCAUUCCAGUACUUUACCACCCUUCUAGUGAAAUAGUGUUUCCUAAUAUCUAAUCUAUUCCUCCCCCACUACAACUUGAGACCAUUCCCCAUUGUUCUGUCAUCUGGCACCACUGAGAACAGCUGAACUCCAUCCUCUCUGGAACCCCCCUUCAGGUAGUUGAGGGCUGCUAUCAACUCCCCCCUCACUCUUGUCUUCUGCAGACAAAACAAGCCCAGUUCUUCAGCCUCUCAUCAGUCAUUUUUGUUGCCUUCUGCUGGACUCUCUCCAAUUUCUCCACAUCUCUGUAGUGGGGGGCCCAAAAGUGGAUGCAGUACUCCAGAUAUGGCUUCACCAGUGCCAAAUAGAGGGGAAUAAUCUCUUCUCUUGAUCUGCUAGCAGUGCUCCUAUUAAUGCAGCCCCAUAUGCAGUUAGCGUUCAUGGCAACAAGGGCACACUGCUGACUCAUAUCCAGCUUCUCAUCCAACAUAAUCCCCAGGUUCUAGGUUCUUUUCUGAAGAAGUACUGCUUAGCCAGUCAGUCCCCAUCCUGUAGCAGUGUAUGGGAUUCUUCACUUGUCUUUGUUUAACCUCAUCAGAUUUCUUUUGGCCCAAUCCACUAAUUUGUUUAGGUCACUUUGAAUCCAUGCUUAGCCUCCAGCUUGUCUGCCUCUUGCCCCAGCUUGGUGUCAUCUGCGAACUUGCUGAGGGUGCAAUCUAUCCCAUCAUCCAGAUUAUUAAUAAGUAUGUUGAAGAAAACUGGCCCCAGGACUGACCCCUGGGGCAUGCCGCUUAAUACUGGCUGCCAACUAGACAUUGAGCCAUUUAAUCAUUGAGCCAUUGAGCCUGAUAAUCUAGCCAGCUUUCUAUCCACUGUGGCAGAGCUCUGACCUUGCCCCCAUGGGUCCUGCACUUCUAGGCGGUUUAUGCUAGCCUCAGUGGCUCACUCUGACCUUCCACAUAGCCCUUCUUUCUUUAGGGCUAGGGUUACAGUCUACUGAGCCCUUUUCAUCAUAGGCCAGCAAGGAGGUUGGUGAGAGCACUCCCACAGUCUCUGUUGUCCCUGGGAGCUUAUUUCAGAUCAGUUUAACCUGUCCUGACAGGGGCCUGACUUCCCCUUCCAGGAGAUGUUCCUUUGGUGGUGGCUUGGGGGGAACCCGGGUCCGCCCUUUACUCCAAGUUCUGGCCCAUGGACCCUAAUGGUAGCAGUUGUUGGCAGCCAACAUUUCACUGCCAGAGUCGCUACAUUUCCCUGGGCCACUUCCCCACAGCUCUCCUGCUUCUCCCUUCUUCACCCUUGCCUUAGGGCUCACUUACCGAUGGUUUGAGAGUGUCUUCAUUAGCCAGCCCUUCAGCCCCACUUCCUCUCCUCUGGCUCUCUGUCUCUCUUCUGCCUGACUGGAGUGAGCCCUUUUUAUAGUAUCAGUGGGGCCUUAAUUAGAAUCAGGUGGUCACAUUAGCUUAAUGUCCUCACUUGACUCUUUGCAGAUUAAUUAGUCAGAUGUUCUCAUUAACCUGGAGCAGCCCCUGCUCUUGUCAGUCAGGGAACAGAAAACUGUUAAUCAAGUGGCCAGUAUAUCUGCCACCUUCUAUUCUGCUGUAUCCAGCUGGCUUGGGUCUAUCACAUAUCCCUCCCCCCUGCUGAACACCAAGAGAUUGGACAGCUUGGGACGCUAGAUAGUGUAUGCAUGAUAAGCCAUCAGCAUUGCCAUGGCGACUCUCUGCUCUGUGCUCUAUGCGGAACUGGAAAGGUUGAAGGGAUAAGAACCACGUGGUUACCCUUGUGUUGUUUUUCUUGUUCUGUUGCAUCCAUUGAAGAGGGGCAUGGUCAAUCACAAGGAUAAAUCUGCACUCCAGCAGGUAAUAAUGCAACGUUUCCAUGGUCCAUUUUACAGCUAGUCACUCUCUCUCUCUCUCCUACUGCAUAUUUUUGUUCCCUCAGAGAGAGUUUCCUACUGAGGUAGAGAACUGAGUGUUCCUCCUCCCCAAACAUCUGCGAUAGGAUGGCCCCUAAUCCUAUCUCGGAUGCAUGUGUCCGUAGGAUGAAGUCCUUGGUGAAACCUGGGGCUAUCAAUACGGAGUUAGUGCAGAGGGCAGUCCGUAGGUCCGCGAAUGCCCUCUUUGCUGCAGUGGACCAUCUGACUGGAUCAGGACCAUGGGCCUUCACUAAGUCUGUUAGGGGACUUGCCCUUGUAGCAAAAUGGGGGAUGAAACACUGGUAAUACCCCACCACCCCUACGAAUGCUCAGACCUGCUUCUUAUGACUCGGCCGAGGCCAAUUUUGAAUGGCCUGUAACUUAUUCAGUUGGGUUUUUACCAGACAUUUUCCUGCCAUGUAGCCAAGAUAUUUGGCCUCCGUGAACCCUACUGUGCACUUAACAGGGUUCACCAUCAGGCCAGCUCGCCAGAAGGUAUCUAGGACCCCCCCCCCACUUUUUCCAAGUGGGUCUCCCAGUCUGGGGUAUGAAUCACCAUGUCAUCCAAGUAGACCGCAGCAUAAGUGGUAUGGGGGCGUAAUAACUUGUCCAUGAGGUGAUGAAAGGUAGCUGGAGCCCCAUGUAGUCCAAAGGGAAGGACUAUAUUGGAAGAGACCCUC